AUGCUGCAGUUUGCACGUUGCACGUUUUUUUCUUGGUUUGUUUACUACAUCUGCCCGCGCUUGUGCACACAUCGGCCUGGAGCCCAGAGCAAGGACGAGGAGGAGGAGGAGGCCUUUGCUUGGCCCACUGGAAUGAUGCCCCAGUCAACAUGGCUGAAUUUGCCCCAGAGUCGGCACCUGAACAGAGCGCGCUCCGAGCGUGGCUCUGUCCGGGAUGCUCGUCCCAUCCUGCUCGGAGCGCCCUGCGCUGGUGCACCCGUGCGCGCUCGCGCGCGCCCCGCGGGGUGCUCUGGCGCCUGGUCGGCGGGAGGGCGUCGGCGGCAGCGGCUGGCCAGGCCUCGGAGUCCCAGCUUCGAUGAAGCACUUUGGGGCCGACUCCGACCUGCCUGA